CUGGAUGUACCUGCAUCUCAGAGAUAAUGUUCACUCUGUGAAGAUGCAAGUUAGCAACACCGAGUGAACAUUUAACUUAGGGUUCACAGAAAAAUAUCAGUCAUUUACUAAGGCGAAUACAGGUAUUACUAUAAGUACACUAAAUCAUAGAGGAGCAUGUAAACCAUAGUGCUAAGUUUUCCCAUUUCUGCUGUUCAAGAAUUAUUUGUUAGUAUGUAUCAUUUAUUUAACAAGUUGUUUGGAAUAUAUACCGAGGAAGGUUAAAAUGCCAGUCCGGAAGGAUUGUAGUCGUGCUCUUCAUAUCUUAACGAAAUACAAACGUCAGUUAGAUGAAAAAACUGACAAGUCUUUUCGAAACGCCGUUGAUAAAUUAAUAAACACAUUGGAAAGUCAAUUAUUUUCAUCACUAAUGGACGUCCUGGAGGUUUACGAAGUUACUUUGACAGGAAACAAUAAAGAGUUCACUAGUGAACAAGCAUCAGAUUCAGUUAAUAUUUAUCACAGUGGAUCAAAUAUUUCUCCUGGUAAUCAAUCACUGUCAAAGCCUCUGAGCCCUGAUUGUGUUUCAAUAAAAGGAGAAUGGGAAUAUCUGGAUAUUAUACUUAAACGUGAUUCAACUGCAGUAGGUGGAUUUGGUUUUAGUAUUGCCGGAGGAAUUGAUAAUCCUAUUACGGACGUGGAUCAUGGAAUUUAUGUCACAAGAAUAGCGCCUAAUGGAUGCGCAGAUCGAGAUGGUAAACUAAGGGUUGAUGAUCAAAUCCUUAGUGUCAAUGACAUCAAUUUAGAGCAUGUUACAAAUAUGGAAGCAGUGAAAACAUUAAGACAAGCUGGUAAUCAACUACAUUUAGUUGUGAGACGAUUUGUUGGUAAUACUGGAGUAACAACACCGGAUAGAACAGUUGUGCAACAUUCUCCAUCCUAUCGAUCACCGGAAGUCAUGUCUGAUUUAGAGGACAGUGGUUCAACUCCAAUAUGGUACGAAGUUCAACUUCGUAAACCACGUUCAAAUUAUGGCCUUGGUUUCAGUAUUGCUGGUGGUCAAGAUGUUGAGAAUGAAAACUUUCCUUCAACUGGAAUAUUUAUUACACGUAUCAGUCCAGGUGGGUUAGCUGAUUUAGAUGGUCGUAUCAUGCCUGGUGAUCAGUUAAUGCAAGUGAAUGAAAUUGACCUAAGUCAUGCUACUCAUGAAGAAGCUGUUCAAAUACUUCGUAAUGCAGGUGAUAUUGUAAAUUUAGUGUUAACACGUCAACAAGUAGAGAGUUUUGAUGAACCUGGUUCGUUAGAGCAUUCAACAAAUGCUGAAUCAACACGUAAAUAUCAAAUAAGCAGUAAUAGAAAACUUUCGUAACAAAUGCUAAAUCAACGCAUACAUAUCUUAUUUCUUAAAGAAUUUGUUCCACUAUCAUUUCAUUCUGUAUCAAUAAAAACUGUUUGUAAAUAAUUACGUACAUGUAUAUCAAACUUUUUAUAUCCCUUUUUUAUAGUAGAGUACUGCUUUUCCAAGUAAAAUAAAUGAAAAUCUUUUAGACUAUACAAGAUUAUUUUCACCUGGGAUAGAUGUUCUUAUUCGUGUAUCAUCGAAGUUGACUAAUUUGUGGGAACUCCAUUUUUAUGGUGUUCACUUUCCUUUUGGUGGUUUCAUGAUACAGUUGUUCACUGAAUAAUAAGUGUUAUAUAUCAGGAAGCUUAUGCAGGGUUUUAAAUAGUAAAGAGAUAAAGUGUGUGACAGCAUCACUUAAUUAUAUGCGUCCUAAAGUCUGAUACAGCAUUCACCGACUUAUAAUUAUUACGACAGGUUUGGAUUAUUUAAUCAUUGAUAUUGUUUACUGAAUUUUUGAUUAUUCUUGAUUAGCAUGUGUUAGUUCUGAGCAAAUCACCUUGAUAUAGCCACUUUUCUUAGUUUUUAUGAGAGAAAUCGAUUUUGACUAGCAGCGGAAUCCAGUACGCGCGUUUCCUCUUAAUUGCGACUCGUCAGCUGGAUAUUCAAGCAUCCUCGUUAAUGUUCACUCCGGAACUCGAACCCGGCACUUAGCUUCAAACGCCGAAUGUGUAGUCCACUGAUCUAUUUAUCCCAUUUACUUGUUAGUAUCAGUCAGAGCUACUAGGAGAAAUAGCAUACACGAAACUUGGGUUCAAAUUUUUCUUAAUACAUAUCUUGAACAACUAACUUUACAACUAAAUUGUAACAUUUCAUGUUGUUUAGCUGAAUGAUUACAUUCCGUCUCUUAAUCGAUAGAUUUCGACCUUAAUUUUGGCUUUUAGAACGGCAAUAAUGUAGCUCAUUGAACAGGUAUAGAUUCAUGUACCUAACAAUGAGUCAAUCAACUCGCUUAUCUUUUCGGUGUACUAGGCGCACCUUAUCCAUUGUGAUAUGUUGUUAGCCAGUCUAUUAGAACAAAUUCUAGCGUCAUAUUUCUACUACUCAUUUUAUUUUUUAC